AUGAAUCAACAUUUUCAUACAGAGGUUAUCAAUUACUAUAUGGAAGGACUUAUAUAUUAGAAAAUGGGGGAUAAGAAUUAAGCACUCUAAGACUAUGACAAGGUAAUUGAAUUGAAUCCUAAAAACCAGUUGCCUUAUUAUUAAAGAGGUUAUUAGAAUAUUCUAGUGACUAGGAGUUCUAUAGAGUGAAAUUGGAAAUAAAGAUCAGGCCCUAAUAGAUUUAAUACUAGUAUUGCAUUGGAUCCUAAUAAUUCCAAUGUUUAUAAUAAAAGAGGUAAUUAAGCUAUUAAGUGUGAAAGGUGCUCUUUUAAAAGAACUUAAUGUAAACGAUAAAGCAUAUUAAGAUUACAAUAAGGCGCUUGAGUUGGAUUCUAAUAAUCUAUUUGCUCUUGCCAAUUUAGGUGAUCUAUAUUAUAAAAGGUAAAAUUACAUUGUAUCUUUUGAUUAAUAUUACCGAGUACUUAAUUUAUUGAUAAAUAUAAACCUCAGUAAAUCAAUCAGUUGAAUUUAUAAGAAUGGCAAAUCUUCAUAAUUCAAGAAAAAUUCAAGUUAUUCCAAGAAAUUUAAGACAGAGCAAUUUAGUUAAAAAUAGAACUUUAAAAACCACUAAGCCAAUCGAAUUAUGAUCAGUUCUCAAUAAAUGAUAUUAAAAGAUUAUUUCGUUGUUUAGAAAGAUAAAUAAAAAAAAAAUUGAAACCAUAAACAGAAUUUUCAAAGCUGGAAAAAAAACAACAAGAACUUUUUGAAUUAUUAUCGACUAAAGAAGAUAUGAUUAGCUUAAUAAAUAGGUGGCUUAAUCACUUCAAAUGGCAAAGUAAUAAAACCCUACUGUUCAAUUAGAGGAAGAAGCUAAAUUGAAGCGGAUGGAUGACUAAUUUAUUGAAGAAGACUAUCUAAACUUCACAAAGUUGAAAGUAAUCAUUAAUUAUAUUAUUACAAUACUUUGUUUUAAUCUUUGUAUUGCUCUCUAUAAGUAAUCCUAGAGAAUUAAUAAGAAUUAUCACAAAUAAAUAAAGAUCAUCUAAUUGAAAAUUAAUGAAAAAUAUUAGAAGGAAUAUAUGUUUAAAUUUUUACUCUUAAACCAAAGAUUGAAAUAGAUAGAGAAGCAUUUGACCUUGUAAAUUAAGCCUUAGAUAAUUGAUAUAAUCUGAAAAGAAAUAUAAAAUUUAGGUUAGGCUUCAUAGAUUGACCAAUAUAUAUAAAUUCUAGAACAAUACCAAUCUCUUCGAAUUAGAAAAAGAACUCAAAAUAGCUAUUAUUGAACUUGCAAUGUAAUAAUCAAAGGAUUUGUAGGACGAAAGUAAUUCAUAGUUAGGUGAAUUUGUAACAAAACUAAGCACUGCAAAAUACCAAAAAGAGCAAAAUGUGCAUUAAAAGACUGGAAUCCAUGAUGCUUUGAUCGUUAUCAAAUAAUUAGAGGAUAGGUCAGUUUCAGUUAAGGAAUGA